GGUACUGGCAACGUUUGUUCAACGGAUUAUCAAUGUCUUGGUGGACAGAAAUGUCACUCUGAAGUGUGCGAAUGUGAGGGUAAUGAAGUGAUACUCGGUGGAAGAUGCGUUAAAAAUGAUGGCUUUUGCUUACAAGGAGAGCAGAAUCGUUGCUAUAACCUUUCAAAACCUGGCCAGAACUGUCAACUUGACGCCCAAUGUAUCGGUGGAUCCGACUGCAUGAACGCUGAAUGCAAAUGUCCUCCGAAAACCACACUAAUCAAUGACGUGUGUAAACCAACCACAACUACGACCUCAAUUUGUCAAUUCGGUCAAAUCUUCGCCAAUGGAUCAUGCUUGAAUUUAGUGGCACCCGGUGAUGCAUGCGUCGAGAAUGCUCAAUGCGUUGAUGGUGCCUCGUGUACAAAUGCAUUCUGUAUGUGUCCGGAGGGUUUGAAUCACAUUGAUGGAUACUGUCGAAAGCUCACUUUCACUGAUCGUUGUAACGAAGCCGAAUCGGUUAGUACAGUGGCUCUUACGUUCGUGUGCUCCAAUACCCCUUUUGAUGAUCUGACAGGCCGCUGUUAUCCCCCUUGA